AUGACUUGGCAGCCGGCCCCCGAGGGCCUCGCCGAGGUGCUCGGCAUGUUGCGUGACUCUUCGAGCCCAGACUCGACCGUCCAAAAGGCGGUGACCAAGCGCCUCGAUGAGCUCCGCUUCAUUCCCGACUUUCUCGCAUACCUCUCCCACAUUCUGGUCUUUUGCGCACAGGAGGCGGGCUCGCACCGUGCCGUCGCCGGUCUGCUGCUCAAGAAUUCGCUGAUCACGCGCACUGGACCUGCGGCCACUGACGCCGAUGCUCGUGCCAUGGCAUAUGUGAAGAGCACGGUCCUGCAAGGUCUCGCCGAGCCAGAACCGAUGAUCCGUCACACCGCCGGCACCGUCGUCAUGUCCAUUCUCUACAACGAGGAGACUGGCGCCUGGCCCGAGGCUCUCGAUGCCCUCACCAAGGGCAUGCAGUCGCAGGACGAAAACCUCGUCGAGGGUGUUUUCAACACCUUCCAGAAGCUUGCCGAGGACUGCCCUCAGCGUCUUGACAUUACCGUCGGAAACGCCAAGCUCCUCGACCACCUGGUCCCCCAGUUUAUCACGUUUACUGGCCACCAGGACUCCAAGGUCCGCAUCUACGCGCUCGAGACCCUGCAGUCCCUCUCGGCACUCCGUAUCCCGUCUGUCAUGGCCAACAUCGACGCCUACCUCCAGGCGCUCUUUGCCCGUGCCGCCGACCCUUCGCCCGACAUUCGUCGCACCGUCUGCGCCGCCCUUGGCCUUAUCCUCGGCAGCCGCCCCGACAAGCUCGUUCCCGAGAUGAAGAACGUCGUCGACUACAUUGCCUACUGCACUGCCGACGCCGACGAGACCGUUGCCCUUGAGGCUUGCGAGUUCUGGCUCACUUUUGCCGAGGACCCUGCCCUCAAGGACCAGCUCCGUCCUUACCUCGACAAGAUUGCGCCUCUUCUUCUUCAGGGUAUGAUCUACUCGGAGGUGGACCUGCUCUACCUUGACAAUGACGAGGAGGACGAGGCUGUCCCCGACAAGGAGACCGACAUCAAGCCCCGUACCUACGGCGGCAAGGCUCACGGUGCUCAUGAGACCAACGACCCUUCGUCGUCUGGCAACGCUGGCCGUUCGCGUGAGGCUGCCGAGCGUGCCCUCGAGGAGGAGGACGACGACGAGGACGACUAUGACGAUGACGAUGAUGACGAGGACGGCGCUGCCGAGUGGAACAUUCGCAAGUGCUCGGCUGCCGCUCUCGACGUCAUGGCCGUCUCGUUUGCCAACGACCUCCUCGAGAUCCUGCUCCCUUACCUCAAGGAGCGUCUCUUCCACGAGGACUGGCGUUUCCGCGAGUCGGGUAUCCUCGCUCUUGGUGCCAUUGCCGAGGGCUGCAUUGAGGGUCUCGAGCCUCACCUUCCCCAGCUUGUCCCCUGGCUCAUCACCGCCCUCAAGGACAAGAAGGCUCUCGUUCGUUCGAUCACCUGCUGGACUCUUGGCCGCUACUCGAGCUGGGUUGUCGCCAUCUCGGAGCAGGACAAGACCAUGUUCUUCAUCCCCACCAUGGAGGGUCUCCUCCAGAUGGUCCUCGACUCGAACAAGCGUGUCCAGGAGGCUGGCUGCAGUGCCUUUGCUACCCUUGAGGAGGAGGCCGGCGGCGAGCUUGUUCCCUUCCUCGAGCCCAUCCUUCGCAACCUCACCUACGCCUUUAGCAAGUACCAGCAGAAGAACCUUCUCAUCCUGUACGACGCCAUGGGCACCCUCGCCGACUCGGUGAUGGGCGCGCUUGGCCAGCCCCAGUACAUGGAGAUUCUGAUGCCUCCUCUUAUCGAAAAGUGGAUGUCGCUCGGUGACUCCGACCCCGACCUUGUGCCUCUGCUCGAGUGCCUGUCGUCGGUUACCCUUGCUGCUGGCAAGGCCUUUGCCCCGUACACUGCGCCCAUCUACCAGCGCUGCAUCAACAUUAUCCACACUUCGCUGAUGCAGUGGGACGCCUUCACGGCCGACCCCGACAACAUUGAGGAGCCCGACAGGACGUUUAUUGUUGUCGCCCUUGACCUCCUGUCGGGUCUCGCCCAGGGUCUUGCCGACCAGAUGCCCUCGCUCAUGGCCGAGACGCAGCCCCCUCUCCUGCAGCUCAUCGCCAUGUGUCUCAACCACUUUGAGCCCCCCGUUCGCCAGUCUGCGCACGCUCUUCUUGGUGACAUGGCCAUGACCUGCUUCCCUCUCCUGCGUCCCUACGUUCCCGAGUUGAUGCCUGCCAUCAUUGACCAGAUCACCCCCGAGCCCGCUCCGGACUGCGUGUCGGUGUGUAACAACGCCGCCUGGGCUGCCGGUGAGAUUGCCAUCCAGUACCGCGAGGAUGCCACACCCAUCGAGCCCUUCGUCGACGACCUCAUCAAGCGUCUCAUCCCCAUCCUCCUCAACACUAAGUCGCCCAAGUCGCUCUCGGAGAACGCGGCCGUCACCAUUGGUCGUCUGGGUCUUGUGUGCCCCAACCGUGUUGCUCCUCACCUGGGCACCUUUGCCCAGGCCUGGUGCACUGCUCUCUGGGAGAUCAAGGACAACGACGAGAAGGACUCGGCAUUCCGUGGCUUCUGCAUGCUCAUCGGUGCCAACCCCAGUGGUCUCGAGAACUCGUUUGUGUGGUUCUGCAACGCCGUUUGCAAGUGGCAGCACCCCUCGCGCGAGCUCGACGUCAUGUUCCGCCAGAUCCUCCAGGCGUUCAAGACGCAGCUCGGCGCCGGCUGGGACGCGCAGGUUGCUGCUUUCCCUCCCGCCAUCCGUCAGCGUCUCGCGGACCGUUACCAGGUCUAA